AUGAGCUCCCGUGACGCCGCGGGCGGCGGCGCUGAGCAGGAUGUGGGAGACGUGGUGCACCUGGAACACGUGAACCUAGAGGUCCCCGACCUGGACCUGGCGCGGGUGUUUUACGCCGAGGGGCUGGGCCUGACCGCCGACCCCGACACGCUCGGCUGGCAGCGCGGCGGGCCCUUUGUGACGUGGUACAACCUCGGGAGGCAGCAGCUGCACAUCUGCAAGGGAGCGGCGCCGCAGAACACGCGCGGCACCAUCGUGCUGCGCCUGCCCAGCCUGGCGCGCGCCGCGGAGCGGCUGGCGGCACUGCGCCCCGUGCUGCAAGACACCGCCUUCUCCUUCUCAGUGCAGCAGCAGCAGCAGGAGCCGGGGCAGGAGCGGCAGGGGGAUGCCGCCCCGGCCGCCAGCCGCGGCGACAGCAUCACAGCGGCCGACCCGUGGGGCCAGCUGUUCCUGCUGGUGGAGUCGGCGCCCGGCUUCCCCUUCCCCGCCGGCAUCGUAGAGCUGCGCCUGCCCUGCUUCCCAGGCACGGCUCACUUCAUCGCCCGCUUCUACUCUGAGCAGCUGGGGGCCAGGGUCGUGGAGUGCAGCGGCAGCGGCGGCGGCGGCGAGAGCAGCAGGGUGCUCGUGGGGCCCGGCACCUGCCUGCGCUUCGAGGAGGAUGCGUCCCUGGGGGAGCUCACUCCGCAGGGGGUGGAGGAGCUGUGGACCGGCUGGCACGUGGCAUUCUACACCACCCGCUUCUCCGCCGCUUUCCGCCAGACACUGGCGCUGGGCAUCAAUCAGCUGGACCACCCCUACCGCGACAAGUCUCCCGACCUGGCGGCAGCGCUGGCCAACCGCCAGUUCCGCUUCAAGGCGAGGCACGGCGGGCGGGGAGGCAGGCGGCGCGGCUGGAUGUCCACCACCUGGAUGCGUUUGGCAAGCGCGGGCAGCUGCUCCAUUGUGUUCAAGGCCACGUUCCGGGGAGAGAUGGUGGCGGCAAAGGAAGUGGACCUCGGGCGGAGCGCCGCGGUGCAGGAGCUGUUUGUCACGGAGGCGGAGCGGCUGCACCAGCUGCGCCACGCGCACGUGGUGGCGCUAUACGGCGUCGCUCUGAGCGGGCCGCAGGGCGUGCUAAUCACUGAGUAUUGCUCGGGGCGGGACCUGCACAGCGCGCUGCAGCUGAGGAAGGCGAACAGUAACAAUAGGCUGUUUGGAUGGUAUGCCCGCGGCUGCUACGUGGCUCUCGACAUCUGCAAGGCACUCAACUUCCUGCACUCUAAGCGCGUGGUCCACAUGGACCUCAAGUCCGCCAACGUGCUGCUGACCGGGACCGGCACCGCCAAGGUCGCAGACGUGGGGGUGGCCCGCCUGCGCCAUGCCACCUAUUUGUCGGAGCUCCCCACCGCGGUCGGCACGUUUUCCUGGAUGGCGCCCGAGGUCAUCACAGGCCGGCGCUGCACCUCGGCUGUGGACAUCUACUCGUUCGGCGUGGUGCUGUGGGAGAUCGCCACAGGGCAGCGGCCGUACCGCAGAGAGAUGAGGAUGCCGGCGGUGCCUGAGGAGUGCCCGCAGCCUGCGGAGCGCCCCACCGCACAGCAGCUCAUGAUCCAGCUGGAGGGGCUGUGCAACAGCCGUGACAAAUAA